AAUAGUGGAACUUAUAGUCAGAUGAAGGGAGAGGAGGGGCAGUAAUAUACAGGAGUGAUAAGCAUAUGUGAGGUCAUUGCGAGGCACUGAGGGAGUGACACGCGUCCACCAUGAGCAAGCUGUUUAAGAUGGUAAUUCUGGGAUCGCCGGGAUCAGGCAAGGGCACCAUCUCCUCCAGGAUCGUGAGGGACUUCGGCCUUAAACACAUGUCCAGCGGCGACAUCCUCAGAUCACAGGUGCUCAAGAGGACCGAUGUUGGACAGGAAGCAGAGAAAUACAUGAAAGCUGGGAAGCUGGUGCCUGAUGAGACAAUGGUCAAACUUAUCUCAUCUGAACUGUCAGCCCUGAAGACUUCCAACUGGCUUCUGGAUGGCUUCCCUCGCACCCGGCCACAGGCAGAGGCUCUUGACCAGCAUGAGAAGCUUGACCUGGUACUGAGCCUUGAGGUCCCAGAUGAGGUGAUAAUAGAACGUAUCAAAGGCCGCUGGACACACCUGCCUUCAGGAAGGAUUUAUCACACUGAGUUUAACCCGCCCAGAGUUCCGGGCAAGGAUGACGUGACAGGAGAGCCACUGGUCCAGAGGGAAGACGACAAGGCUGAGUCAGUGCGGCGUCGUCUGGAGUAUUACGCAGCCAAUACAGGUCCUCUGAAGAAGUUUUAUGAGGAGCAGGGGCUUCUCGAAUGCUUCCACGGCACUAUGUCGAACGAGAUAUAUCCACGCGUGCACAAAUACCUCCAGACCUACAUACCAGCUCAUGGAGGGCCAUUUUAAUUUAACAGCUUAUUGGUUCAGGCUGGUCCGACCUCUCAAGUUGUAAACAGGAGGUGCUAAAUUGUGAUGUUUGUGUAUAAUAGUUGAAACCAUUUUAUCUUCUGGUCCUGUUUUUAGAUUCUUUAAUGUUUUAUGCAUGCUAGAAUUGGUUGUGUUGAGUGGCAUUACUGAGGUUAGAUUUAUGAGGUUUGAACAUCGUGAAGUAUUGGAAAAUAUAAUAGAAAAUGGAGGCUAGAUUGAACAAAUUUAGAUCAGGAGUUUGAAGUUUAGUCUUGUUUAGGUUUGGCCCUCAUAAUACAUGUUGGUGCUGAUCUAUCAGGGUUGUGUUCAUCGUAGCUGAUUAUAAUUAUUCGUGUUGGUAAAUAAUGCUUUGUGACUUUCUCCAUCAUCUUGUUUUCAUUAUAUAAAUCUCUGCUAUUGUCCAUCACUCCAGUUGCAGCUUUUUCUUUUCAUUGUCAGUCAUAUGAAUAACUGUCUUAUAAGAAAUAGGUGAAUUUCACCAUAGUAAUAAGUGCUAUACACUUCACCUUUAGACCGCAAUGUUUAUUGAUGUGGCAUCAUGGCAUUAGUUUUUGAAGGUAUGGAAUUUGUAUCACUCACUAGAAAUGUGGAAUGAUGGAGUGAUAUAGUGGCACUCCAGAGUAACUCAUUAUCAUCAUGAUCAUUAUUCUCAUUCAAAUCCAAUCUAAUCCAGUGCACAGUGAGAGAACUCCCUUGUCCUUUCUUCCCAACUUUACCUCAUUCCUUAACCAAAUUCAUGUCUUCCACAAAAUCUAAUAUUAAAUUUUCCCUAACUUUCCUCUUCUAUAUUUGUUUCCUUUUUACUCUCUUCGCUUUGCCAAUAGUGCCAUAUGACUUAUGUAGUCUGCCACAUACCCAUCCUCUUUGUGGCAUAUUAAUCAAAUCAUAGUUAAAAAAAAAAAAAUCACAAGGUUUUCAGUUGAUUAUCCAGUUAAAUGAUCCUCAUAUCCCCUCAGACAUUUGAAUCUCCAAAGUUCACUGCCAUAAACCCAGAGUACAAUGUUCAUAGCAAAUUUCACUGCAUUACCCUGAGUCAUUCCAGUUUCUAAGUCAGAGGAGUGUAACCCAACUUUCCUGCAUUCCUAACAAACCUCUUCUUUCCACCUUGAGACUAACAUGUGAAUGCAAACCUGAACAGUCAUGUUCUAAACUUCUAAAGCAUAAUUAGCAUUUUGUAUGUCAACAAAAGCAUAGGAUCUUGAUGUGAUUAUCCAUUUUUUUUUGCCACUUUUUGCAUAUUGAGGAAAUUGAUGUGUAGCUUGUGGCACCGGGUUUGGCAUGGAGUGAGAAGAGGUUUAAGCAUUGUUAGGUGCUUUCCAUUUAAAAGUGUGAUGUUCCUUGUAUAUCUGUUAAUUUUGUUAUGGGUGCUUUUAUUGUUGAUUAUGGUAAGUAAUUAGUUUUGGGCAGUAGAAGAUUCUCAAAAGUGCCUUGUAAUACCUCAUGCUCUUGUGUUAUUUGUAAGUUCUUCUAAAGAGAAAGGGAAGUAUGGACUAAAGUAUUUAGUCUUUGUCGUUGGGAAUUAGAUUUUAUGUAGCUGCUUUAUAAACAUAUAUGCUUAGAAUAGAACUUUUAUUACUGAUUUGAUUCUAAAGAAUCCUGUGCCUCCAUAUGCCUAAUUAUUACCUUCUUAGGUAAAGACUGGAGAAAACUAACUACAGACAUUAGCAGGAGCAGAAGGCACAGUGGCGUUAUUUAUAUUUAUUUCCAUGAACAAAAGACUUGUGUUUUUACCUCAAGCCUUACUUAUUCCAGGAUCUUAUCUAUUUUAAUAUGUUCAGAUAAUCAGUAACUUUAUUGCAUAAGAAGCAAGAAAAUUUUAUUUUAUUCAUUAAUUUGUUAUUUUUCUUUUAGUGAAGUUGUUAACAGACAACAUUUAUACUAAAAGUAAGAUAAAUUUUGUUUGUUAAAUCACAUGAUUUUAUAGUUGAUAGUCUGACUUCUACAUUCACACAGUACAGAAGUUAGCAUAAUGAACAGAAUUAGCUCAGGAUGUGAAAAUUACCUGCCCAGUUUGAAAACUUUUUUUGUUAUAAGCAAACCAUCUUGUAAAAUAAUACUAUACCACACAGCAAAGGCUCAAAGGCCAUUGAGAUAAGGAUGAGUGCUGAUGCUAUGCACAGCUAUAGCAUGUUUCCACCUUUACUAAGCCAUCAAUCAGUCAUUCAAUCAUUACCCAGAUCCCACACAUCCCUAAUGGGAUAAUGAUGAUAGGGUUCUACAGGGCAGCAGCUAACUACUUCUUUGUAAUCAGUAAUCACUGAUUUUUAUACUGAGUGGCAUUCCCAGACUCCCUUGCAGAUGGGCUUCCAAACAGUAAUGUGUCAGGGAGUGAGUGUACCCUGUGUUGGAUAUAAGUGGUGCAGCAUGCAAGGGGAAGGUGGAGUAGAAGGUUAGGCAACUUGCUACCUCUGGAUUGUUUUGUGCAAAUGAUCCAGCCAGGGCAGGAGCAGCAUAUAUAUAUAGUUCUUGGAUUUUUGUACUGGUGUUGGGUGCUGAGUCAAUUACCAUUGUCAAACAGUGCAUUGCUUUGUCAAGUAGCCACAACAUCAGCAUGCUCAAAAUGCAAAUAAACCAUAAAAGUUGA